AUGGCGCGCCAAAAGGCUCAGACUUCGGCUCAACGACAACACAAGGCAUCUCAGCGAGAGCCAGCAAACCAGCGGCAUCAAAGCGCCGAACCCGAAGAGAUGGCCGUCCCGCAGUUCUUCAACACCACCUUUUCGACUCACCGCGUGUCUCCGCUCUACAUCGGCACACAGAAGCUGGACCAGGCUCGCCUUGACCGACUUGCUCACCGGCUGCGCGACACGCUGGUUGGCGAUGUCGUCCGCGGCGUUCAGAUCGGGCUCGAGGCCACAGACACGCCAAUGGGACAGGUCGGGCCGCUCAGGGCAGUGACUUUUCGCUGGUUUCGGGCAACAGAUGUCCUCGGUGAUAGGACUUCAGAGCGCGGCGACGGGCUGUCGGAUGAGCAGAACAAGGGGCUGUGGAUCGAGAUGCGGCAUGAGAACGCAGCCUACGUCGCGCUUUUGUUGCCCGGACUGUCACAGUCACAAGAAGGAUCCAACAAGGGAACCGCCAGCCAGUUUCUUCACUUGCCUCUGCUGCUCCUUCGAAUGCCCCAGCCUCUCAAGGCAGUCAUUGGCGAAUGGCUGUCGACGACAUUCGACUGUCGCGUCACCAAGCUCAGCCUUGGUACUCGAACACUGGUCAAUGUUCUCGAGAGCUGGAUUCAAGAAACUGGGCUUUCCCGAACGGACUCGGAUCUCGUUUUGACUCUGGCAUUCAACGCUCCAGUGACAGACAAAGGCCGAGAAGCUGUACUCCCUUCAAGCGGAGAUGCUUGUGGCGAUGACGGAGACGAGAUCGAGGUGACCGAGCCCGGAUUGAGGAGCAUGGAAAUCAGCAUUUCGGCAUCGGAUCUGAGGCGCUUCCUACGAGCCGGAAAGACUUUGCACAAGUCCAAGCGGGCAGCUUCGAAUACGGCUUCGAGUGUGUCUUCGAACAAAGCAUCAUGGGAGCAUGAUGACAGAGAACGACGCAGGCUAGCUGGCCCACACAUUGACGAUGGGUGGGGAUGGCUGAAGAACAACGACGGACCCGCGUAUCCCCUGAUGGAAGCUGUGGCACAUCAUCUAGACCACCACAUGGCCUUGAAUCUGUUCCAUCCGGGCGUGCGAGUCACCCAGGUCUCAUGCGGCGGCUUCGUCCUCUCGCAGUCUCGGAUCAAGAUUGUCAAACCGGGGGACGUAACCGAGGAUCUAUCCAAGGCGGCCUGGAUGUUCGUUACGCUCCUGGGAGAGAGACUCCAGAGUGAUGGAUUGUCAUUGGUGACGUGA